UGCCUAAGUAAACAGAUUGCUACAGUCACUUUGAUUUGUUUAUGCUCAAAGACUGUUUUAAGAGCGAUCUGGCUAACGCGAGUCAGAUUUAAACACCGAUGAGAAAUUCUAGCCGUUUCUCCUUUAAAUUAUCCAAUGAAAUCGCUACACGAUUCCAACCAAUGUCUGUGCCGUUUCCGCAGGACUUCACCUAACAGUCUCCUUUUGGGACACUUUAAUUCUGAGUAACUGCAAACACGGUCAAGGCGACCAACUUUUGACUGAAGUGUAUAACAAGCAACGAUGUUGCUUUUUGCAGUUCUCACUCUUAGGGCAAGAAUACUUUCCUCCAGCCCAGAAGGUUUGCUUUCGUCAUUUUUGUGAAUUUUUAUUUAGUAUAAUCGAACUGCACGUUUUCUAAAAGAAACGUUAGGGACACGGAAAAGCACAUACAAAUAAAUGACUUUUAAUAAUUUGGUCUUUCCGGACUACACUGCUAUUGCCUGGCUACGUUUUCGAAUGAAUGCGGAUAUUCUUUUCAAAGAAAUCUGCUCUUCUGAAAAUGAAUCGGAUUGAUACAUCAAAGUUAUAUUCUAAUGAAACAAUUUUCUAAGAAAAAUUCUGAGAAAAACAAGUUGGACUAUUGAGAGGAACGAACACUAUUGAUAAGUUCUUCUUCUGUCGACUUUAUUGCUAGUGGUCUAAGUUGAAUCACAUUCCUUCCUUUGAAGAGAAUUCGGAAUCCUUAAAUCCUAACCUACUUGAAGGUGACAUGAUUAUUUCGCCACAGCAAGUAAGAGGGUUACUCCUGGGACAGUCACGUAGCGCUCGUUUUGUUCGCCGCUGGCCAAAUGGCAUGGUGCCAUAUACUAUCGAUUGGAGUUUGGAAAGGGAAGAUGUGGCCAAAUCUGUCAUUGCUGCUGCUAUUGAGGAAUGGACAAACAAAACCUGUUUGCAAUUCAAGGAAAGGACUUCCGAGAGGGCAUACGUUACAUUUCGCAUAGGAAGCGGUUGCUCUGCUUCAGUGGGAUAUCAAGGAUACCAACAGUUCGUUAACCUAGCUCCUGGAUGUUGGCACAUGGGGACUGUGGCUCAUGAAAUCGGUCACGCUCUUGGGUUCUUUCACGAACAAUCUCGACUGGACAGAGACAGAUUCGUGAGAGUUGUCUGGUACAACAUUCAAAAAGGUAUGGGCUAUAACUUCAUGAAGGUCAACCACAUUAAUUCGUUGGAGGAACCAUAUGACUUCGAUUCUGUUAUGCAUUACGGUCGUACGUUUUUUAGCAAGAAAGGUCGUCCAACCUUGUUCCCACGAAAGAAAGGGAUCGAGUUUGGUCAAAGAGAAAGAGAGAGCGAAGGAGAUGCCCGUCAAAUGAACAAGAUGUACAACUGCCCAUAGCUUAGUUCUGUAGAGUUUGAGAUAAAUCCAAACAGAAUUAACAUAACUUGAUAAAAUUAAU